UCACCCGCCAUUAAACACGAAGAGACGACGAAGACGAAGAAGCAAAGCGGAGCCCGCGGAGUCCGAGUAAGAAGAGACGGAAGAUGUUUUUCUUUUGUUUUAAUGAAAAACAAAAAGUACGCAAGCGGCUACACGUUUGAAUUUUGAUGUUGAGUCCAUUCAUGACAGCGCCAGCACAAGCAGGCUGUGAGCCGGCGGAGCUCAAGACUCCAAAUGCUACUGAAUAUAAUACACAUUACUUUGAAUCAUACAGAAAAUCAAAACAAUUCGAGGUUUUCUGUCAAAGCAAAGUAGUUUACAGCCUGAAGUACAGAGUCACCAUGAAUACUAGAUACUCUUCCAAGUUGAAAACUGCUUCGAAGAAGAAGCUUGAUAAAAGUCCCAACACAAGUGAAGCUCCUAUCCUACGCCGGAUUCUGCCCAAGAGGAGGAGAGGGACGGAAUUUGAUGAUAGCAACAUUAAUAAGGAAGACAAUAGCAUCCAUAACACAAUUAAUAUCAACAGUCAUGUCGAGGAGGAGCCUGAAACUGGUUAUAUUGCACAGGUAGUUGACAGAGGCUUGGAUUAUUUAGAAGGGUGUUGCUGGUCAACUGCUCCUUCCUGUCCAAAAGUCGCAGCCCCCAACAAAAAACUAAGACCACGAGCUGGCCUGUGCCCAUCUUGUCGGAAGUUCUAUCAGAGGGCCAAGAGGUUGAAGACUCCCAUCAAAAAUAAACUCUUGGAUAAUGAUCCCACCUCCUUGACAUGUGAUCAGUGGGUCCUACUAAAAAAGUGGAAGCCGAGUAGGCCAUCUCCCUCAAGAGGGAAGCUGUCCCUCUGCGUGCUGCGCCUUCAAGCACGUGUGAAGGGGAAGAAAAAAGCAAAGCAGAACAAGCAGGACGGACACAAACACUCGUGCUCAAGGCCGCAUCUUUUCCUUCAGAGGAACCUGACAAAGCCUUGCAAAGUGCCAGAAAGGAAGGAAAGGAAGAGAAACCGAGGGAAGAGGCCAAGAGAUGACUCUCAGGGUUCUCAAACCGGCGAGCAGAAACGUCUCCGUGGCAAAAAAGCCUCCCCGCAGGGGAACUUUGGCAACGGGAGCAAUCAGAGCAGCGUAGAUGCAACUUGUGCGGGUCUGGACGUUGACGGAUUUCACAGUGGAGAAAGCGCAUAUGAAAACAACUCAAAUGUGAGCGCUAAUAUUCCCUGCACUGACACCACAACGUUUCAGGUCAUCCCACCCAAGCAGGAAGCGCCGGUGAAGAUGUCACAAUUUCGAGAUUUGCUUGCCCAGUUGCGUGGCAACAAUAGUAUGAUAGUCAAAGAAUCCUUAUAGACACUUGCAGACAAUCCCGACUGUCAAAUUUGGUUGUUUAGUAUCGAUGAAGAAGUCCCCUUAUUGAAAUGUUUAGCCAGCAGUAGUAGUUUACGCAUUCUUCAUGUUAUUGUUUCAUAUUUAGGACAUCCAUCCAUCCAUUUUGCAUACUUUUCUACAUUGAAAUUCAAAGGUGUAGUGAAAUGAAUCUCCGUUUUUUUUUUCUAAAUUAGAUUUCCAAAUGACGUGUCCAUACUGCAACUUUCUAUUUAAAUCUGCAAAAAAGAAAAGCUGCAUUUGAGUUACUUUUGCUGUUGUUGAUAAAAUGAAGAGCAUUGUUUGAAAAUAUUUGUAGUUAGAACAAUGUCUUCUUUUCCCUCAGUUCUCACUACAAAAAUCGCACUACUGAUGAUCACCGGACUAUGAUUCCAGUCUGGAUGUGUAAGUCCUCUGAAAAGAGACGAAUGGCCGAAAUAAUUACUGCAUGUACAACGCCAUGUAAAAAAUUAUGUUAAAUUAUAAAUUAUACUUCUGGAGGGGAAAAAAGACAGAAUCAUUGCUAUUCCACAACAUUUUUAUUUAAAAUGACACUUGUGGCUUUAAGAAAUACACAACACACAAAUGGUGUAGCAGUCAAUUAAAUCAAAAUAUGGAUGAAACGAAUUGGAAGUGUCCUGGAUGAGUAAGCAAAAAAGACCAAGCUCUUAAGUCACGAUCUCUUCAAAAUAAAU